AUGGCGAUGGAAGGCGUGCGACAGGUCGCAUUCUGUGAUUCGGCGCAUCCAAUUCGAGGCUACCGUUUGCGUCACGUCGAGAUUACCCGGGCACUCACCAUCCCCGACACCACAGAAGGCGUUGAGGUUCAACUUCUCCUCAAGCCUCAAAGUCCGGGUAGCUUGAGUCCCAAAUGGCGGGAAUUCCACAUCUCUUCCGCUACUGUAAAUGGGGAUUGGGUUGAGCACUGCCAUGGGCUUGUCGGGCUCGACACUGAAGAACCGAGUGACCAAGGCCCGAGGCACCGUCUUUCCUCAACAGCACGGAUCAAUUUGGGCACUAAAGGGGGAGCAUAUUUUCGGUCCAUCGAGUCAGCAGAUAUGUUCCAGGCUUCGCGCAAUAUGGGCAUAAAUCACGGUCCCUUGUUCCAGAAACUGACCUCCAUUCGCGCCGGAUCCAAGAAAGCCAUGGCUUCCUUUUUGCCUGUGGAUUCAGUUGCGACACAGUCACCGCAAUCUAGCUAUGUUGUCCAUCCCAUAACAGUGGAUUCAAUUUUUCAGGUAGCCUAUGCUGCGCUUUCGAAGGACGCUCAGUGGGAAACAGGAGCCGCGAUUCCAAAGUCGAUCAAAGAAAUCUACGUGUCUGAUCUCAUCAGUAGGGAGACGAACCACAAAUUUCAAGCCUUUGUUAACCUUGAACAAUGGGGUGCCAGAGGCUUUGACGCUCUCCAUUGCACUGGCAGAUGA